AUGGUAAACAACCAAUAUGACGCUGCCAUCUUAGGAUGUGGAGUUCUCGGCUUGACGAUUGCCCAAGAAUUGACAAAGAAAGGCUUGAAAGUCGCUUUGGUAGGUAAAGAUCUACCUGAGGAUACGCAUUCAACGGGAUUCGCAAGUCCUUGGGCGGGCGCAUCGUUCCAUUCAUUCGCUACUAACUCGGCGGAACAACGACGAGAUACCCAUACAUUCAAGGAAUUCGAGAGAUUGUCCAGAGAGAUACCGGAACUGUGCCAGAGGAGACCAUAUAGGUAUUUUAAGAGGGAGAAGGAUGUGGGGGAAGAUCCCUGGUGGGCGGAUUUGAUGUUUGAUUAUCGCCAUCUCAAACCUUCUGAAAUACCCGCUCCAUUUGCCCAAGGCGUGACAUUCGAAGCUUACACACUCAACACUCCCUUAUACCUUCAACAUCUCGGCAACUGGCUCCGAUCUCACAACGUACCUAUCAUUCGCGAACGUGUCUCAUCCCUCAACGAAAUGUAUGAUCUUCUAUCAAUUGGAAAAGUCAACCUAGUGAUCAACGCAAGUGGACUUGGCGCAAGAUCUUUAAUAGGCGUAGAGGACUCGUUGGUCCAUCCAGCAAAAGGACAAACUAUCCUUGUCGAAGCUCUAGAUGUGAAGACGACUUAUGGGAUAGAGGGUAAACACCCUAUACCGAAUCAAUCGGUAUAUAUCAUUCCUCGUCCUGGACCGGCCAAUCAUGUAAUCCUAGGUGGAUGUUAUAUAAAAGACGAUUGGUCGACCAAUAUAGACAAAGACGUGGCCAAACAGAUAUUGAAGGAUUGUUAUGAACUUUGUCCAGAUUUAGAUAAUAAAGGCGGCAAAGGGAGUAUAGAGGAUAUUAAGAUUGUAUCUCAUAAUGUGGGAUUGAGACCUGCUAGAGAAGGUGGAUUGAGAUGUGAACUUGAACAUAGAUUCAUAGGUGAUAACGAGAAUAACGAUGCUUUACUACCGGCAAAAGGUAAAGGAAAAGGGGGUAAGAGGAAAGUAGGAGUCGUACAUGCAUAUGGAAUUGGUGGAGCGGGGUAUCAAUCUAGUCUGGGGAUAGCCAAGGAAGUAAGUGGGUUGGUUGAUCAAUGGUUGGAAGGGGAUGGGAAGGGAAAUAGGAAAGCGAAGUUGUAG